UGUUUCCGAACUAGCACAACCUCCUCUCCUCUCCACCAUUCCGCUCCUGGAGCCAGCCGAGCAAAUCCCCGCGUCCCCAGCUGCCAAUGGCCGCAGCGAUUCGGAGCAAAAAGUCAAAGUCGCCCUCUUGGACUACCUACUAGCUAGUUCCUGCGCUGCGCAUCCCUGUUCAUCCUCUGCCUCCCGGCAGGCGGCAGCUGCUGCUUCCCCGUCUCCUAGUCCUGGCGGUACCAACAUUUGCCAGCACCCAGCGACGGAUUUCGCCAGAAGAUCUGCGAUUCAGGCCCGUCCUGCUCACCCUCACUCGCUAAAACAGUAAAACGAGCACGAACCGCAUGGACGAUUCAGGCUAGGCAUCGCUGCACUUCUUUCGCCAAGCCCCCUCCCUCCCUCCCUGAGAGUUCGCUGGAGCGUACAGCUAGUGUGUGUAUGGAAGGAAGCGUAGCACUUCGUGGGUCGUGGCAACCGCGCUCGGCAAUACCCGGCCAACCUCAUCAUCAUAGUAGCGUGGACCGUGGAUUUUUUUUUUUGUCUGAUCGACACAAGGAAUGGAAUCGAUACCUUGCAGAGUGCCAUGGUCUGAAUGUCCAGCUUCAAUCUGGACCACACGUUGCAUUGCAUCUUGGUUGUGGGAUAGGGCCAUACGAGCAAAGUUAGGUUCUGGAUGUUGACUGCCAGAAGAACCCAUGACCCAUUUUCAAGCUUCAAUUGCUGGGGGGUCGAUCGGUGCUGGGAUUACGCUUUGCGCCUUCUCUUUCUCUUCCUUCUGGAAAUAGGAGAAGUGGAUGUCAUGAUUGGUGUCUAUCAAACCAUUUUGUACCAUAUUAGAUGGCUCGCACACACAUCGAUAAUUUGCCAACUUCUGCAUAAGUUCGUAGCAGCCUCUGUAACAUUUUGGCCAAAAUGAGGAUAGCUUUUCUCGUGCUGUUGGUUCUCUCCCUGUUUCUCCUCCCUAAUGGGAUCGGCAAAAGCUUAGCCGCAAGGCCUUCGGUCGUGAAUAUUGGGUCGAUUCUUCGGUUGAACUCCACCACUGGAGGUGUUUCAGAUGUUGCCAUCCGUGCAGCAGUGGAGGAUAUCAACUCAGACCCCACAGUUCUAAAUGGAACAACGUUACAUGUUCAAACGAGGGAUACAAACUGCGACGACGGUUUUCUUGGCAUGGUUCAAGCUUUGCAGUUCAUGGAGACUGAUGUUAUUGCGAUCAUUGGGCCACAAUGCUCUCCUAUUGCACAUAUCAUUUCGUAUGUCGCAAAUGAGCUCCAAGUUCCUUUGAUGUCCUUUGCAUCGGAUGCAACUCUGUCAUCAAUCCAGUUCCCGUUCUUCGUGCGGACUAUGCCCAGCGAUCUCUACCAAAUGGCAGCUGUGGCGGCAGUUAUUGAUUACUACCAAUGGAAGAUAGUCACUGCCAUAUACGUUGAUGAUGAUUAUGGCCGAAACGGCAUUGCUGCUUUGGAUGAUGAACUUACUGCAAGACGCUGCAAAAUUUCAUUCAAGAUUGGGUUCCGUUCCAAUGCUAAAAAAAGUGAUCUUCUGAAUCUGUUGGUUACUGUUAGUAAUAUGGAGUCUCGUGUUAUUAUUCUCCAUACUGGUUCGGAACCUGGACUCAAGCUUCUGUCACUUGCUAAUGGACUAAACAUGAUGGGCAACGGCUAUGUAUGGAUUGCUACUGAUUGGCUUUCUGCUUAUCUUGAUGCUAAUUCAUCGGUAUCUGCUGAAACUAUAAAUGGCAUGCAAGGUGUUCUGACUGUACGUCCACACACCCCUAAAUCAAAGGUGAAGAGUAAUCUGGUGUCCAAGUGGAGCAGCUUAAGCAAGAAAUACAACCACAGCGAUCUCCGCACCAGUGCUUACGGUUUUUAUGUUUAUGAUAGUGUGUGGACUGUAGCUCGGGCCCUGGAUGCCUUCUUUGAUGAUGGUGGGAGGAUUUCCUUUACAAAUGACUCAAGGCUGCGUGACGAAACCGGGGGAACUCUUCACCUUGAAGCCAUGAGUGUUUUUGACAUGGGAAACAAAUUACUGAAUAAGAUUAGAAAUGUGAACUUCACUGGGGUGUCUGGCCAAGUGCAAUUUAAUGCUCAGUUUGAACUCAUUCAUCCUGCCUAUGAUAUCAUAAGCAUAAUUGGCAACGGCAUGCGGACCAUUGGUUUUUGGUCAAACUAUACAAGAUUGCUAUCGACCGUCCUUCCUGAAGACCUAUAUUCGAAGCCUCCUAAUACUUCGCUUGCCAACCAACAACUCUAUGAUGUCAUUUGGCCUGGUGAGACUGCACAGAGGCCUCGAGGUUGGGCUUUUCCUUCCAAUGCCAAGGAGUUGAAAAUUGGUGUCCCUAACAGAUUUAGCUUUAAAGACUUUGUUAGCAAAGAUAAUGCUACUGGGUCAAUGAAGGGCUAUUGCAUCGAUGUCUUCACUCAAGCAUUGGCAUUGCUUCCUUAUCCAGUUACAUACAGGUUUAUACCUUUUGGCAAUGGUACUGAAAACCCUCAUUAUAGCCAACUUGUGCAGAUGGUUGCUGACAAUGAUUUUGAUGCAGCAAUAGGGGAUAUCGUAAUUACAAUGAGCCGAACUAAAGCUGUUGAUUUCACCCAGCCCUUCAUUGAGUCAGGCCUGGUUAUCUUGUCUCCAAUAAAAAAGCAUAUAACAAAUUCUUGGGCAUUCUUGCAGCCAUUUACAUUGGGGAUGUGGUGUGUUACAGGGUUGUCUUUUCUUGUUGUGGGUGUGGUUAUUUGGAUUCUUGAGCAUCGAAUAAAUAAUGAUUUCCGCGGCUCGCCGCGACAACAAAUAAUAACUAUUGUUUGGUUCAGUUUUUCGACUCUGUUUUUUGCACAUAGAGAAAACACAAUGAGUACCUUAGGACGUGGUGUUUUGCUCAUAUGGCUAUUUGUUGUAUUGAUCAUUCAAUCAAGCUACACUGCAAGUCUUACUUCCAUCCUAACCGUGCAACAGCUUGAUACAUCUAUAAGAGGACUUGAUGACCUGAAAAAUAGUGAUUAUCCUAUUGGUUUCCAAGUUGGUUCUUUUGUCGAAGAAUACAUGAUUAAGGAACUGAACAUCUCACAGUCGAGGCUAAAAGCUCUUGGUUCUCCUGAAGAGUAUGCUGAAAAUCUCAAGCUAGGUCCCAAGAAAGGAGGUGUUAUGGCUAUUGUUGAUGAGCGCCCCUAUGUUGAGCUGUUUUUGUCAACUUACUGCAAGAUUGCUGUUGCUGGCUCAGAUUUCACCAGCGGUGGAUGGGGCUUUGCAUUUCCAAGGGACUCCCCUCUGCAAAUAGACCUGUCCACCGCAAUCCUGACACUGUCGGAGAACGGGGAGCUGCAGCGGAUCCAUGACAAGUGGCUCAAGACAGGCGACUGCUCAACGGACAAUGCUGAGUUCGUGGACUCGAACCAGCUCCGCCUCGAGAGCUUCAUGGGCCUGUUCCUCAUCUGCGGCGCGGCAUGCGUCCUCGCCCUGCUCAUCUACCUCGGCAUCACGAUACGCCAGUACCUGAGACACGAACAGCCGGGACCAGCGAUCUCCGUGGACGCAGGGUCGUCGACGUCGAAGCGCAGUCUCCGAAAAUUCAUCUCUUUCGCCGAUGACAAGCAGCCGCCACCGAAGAAAAAGCGGGCCAUGAGCCUCUCGAGAAGUUCAAUGCCAACGAUGCCGAUGAGUAACCGUCCUGGGGCUGAUAUUGAUGUAGAAAGCUAGUGCUUGUGUAUACGUUUUUUACCUGGGAUACAUCAUCUUUGGGCCAAUCUAUGCGUCCUUCAUAUAUAUUAUGUAUAGGAAAUUAGAGCCAAAGGCUGUGUAGUGGAUUGUAUUUGUUGGUUUUUAGCACCCCAACCGCCCACGGUUAACAAGUCGUCCGAGUUUGGCAGAACUGUCAAAUUGUAUAGAGUGAGUCAAGUAGUCAACCCUUGUUCACGAACCAUUGUGAAUGGAAUAUAUGUUUGUUUCAGUUGAUUUGUUCUUUCA